AUGCGCUUCGCUUUCUACGUCAGUGGGCAUGGCUUCGGGCACGCUACACGCGUCGCAGCAGUCACGACAGAGCUCCUGCAGGCAGGACACGAGGUCACAGUCGUGACGAACGCGCCCGAGAUCCCCUUCGCCAGCAUCCUCCCGCCAUCCGCGCUUCCGGCCGCCGCUCGGGACGUCGCGAAUCCUGGUCCCUCGAGCGCGCCACUCAAGCGGUACGCCACCUACAGGAAGAGGAACGUCGACGCGGGAAUCGUACAGCCUAAGGCGUACGAUGUGGACCGGCGAGCGACGUACGAAGUGUUGAAGCGCUUCUUGGACGCGAGGGAGGAGACGUUGGAGGAGGAAGUGGCCUGGCUGAAGGAGGCGGGCAUGGACGCUGUUCUGAGCGACGCGACGUUCCUUGGCUGUGCGGCUGCCGCUGGAGCUGGCAUUCCAGCGAUCAUUAUCUCUAACUUCACCUUCGAUUCGUGCUAUUCCUAUCUUUCGCAUCCCUCCCUUCCCUCCUCGACAUCCGCCGAAACUCUCGAACCGCCUCUUGAUCCUGCGAUACUCGAUCCUCUCGUCGACCAGACUAUCGCCGACUACGCCUGCGCCUCGCUCCUUCUGCGACUACCAGGUGUCAUCCCCUUGCCCGCCUUCGAUUCCGACGUCCCCAUGCCUUCCGGGCGGUGGGUGAGCGACGACCGCACGACAUUCGUUCCAGAGAUAGAGGCUAUCUUGUCCCGCCCGACUUCGACUAUCCCUUCCGCUCAACGGGGGCGCACGGUCGUCGACGUUCCCCUCAUCGUCCGUCCUCCUUCACCCAGCGCAAAUAUGCCCGAGUUCCGCCAAGAUUUGCUCUCUUCAAUGGGCGUCCCCGACUACCUCCUUAACUCGAAGGUCCUGCUUGUCUCGUUCGGCGGCCAAGCCAUUCCUCGACCACGCUCUCGGCCUCCCUCUCCCCUCUCCUCUCCAAUUCGCCGUUCCACCUCCGCCACCUCCAGUCUCUCGCUCGACGUUCCGCAGAACGAGCGGAGAGAAGCAGGGCUGCUGCCGAAGGGAUGGAUCGCCAUCGUUACCGGCUUGAGCGGCGGCGACAACGCCAUUCGGGAUGACUUGCCGUACGGGUUCUUUGCGAGCGAGAAGGACGUCUAUGUGCCAGACCUGACAUGGGUAGCGGAUUGUGUGCUCGGGAAGCUGGGCUAUGGCACCUGCUCCGAAACGCUCUCCUGCCGGACUCCUUUCAUCUACGUUCCUCGCCCGCUCUUCGUCGAAGAGUUUGGUCUCAAGCGCCUCAUGCAAGCACGCGGCAUCUCUCUCGAGCUCGACCGCGCAGACUUCGAGGCAGGACGGUGGGAAUUCCACAUCGAGGAGGCGUACGAGCAAGGCAGGGCGGCGAAGGAGGAGGCGAGGAAGUUGGGUUUCGUCGACGAGCGCGCGGGAGAGGUCAUCAGGAAGGAGAUCGAGGCGUUUAUGGAGCAGUGGCAGGGGAAGUAG